CCAGCAAAAAGCGAUGAUGAGUGUGACGUAGUCUGGGUAUGAAUUUAUCUACUCUCUCUAUCCUGGUAUCCUGCGUAAAACAUAUUCUAGUAUAAUCUGUGCAACGGCUGCAGUUCCUGUCAGAAUAUUCCGAAACAUACGAAUGUUUGUUGCCAUUUAUUAUGUUUUAUUGCCAAUUUCCUCUCGGCUAGUAAGCUUUUUGUUCCCUUCUUCUACUUCUUUUUGUUGGUUACCGCGCAACUUUGAAUCAAAACCGUUUGUCAUCACUACAAAGAUAACAAGAAGUUGGAUAACAUCAAAAAACGACAGUGGCAACACCGACAUGUGGUCAGGAAAGAAGUCGUCACGUCCCGAUGAGACGGCCACAACGCGUGAACGAAGCAGACCACCUGCACGUAACAACAGAUCAAGAAAUAAAGAAUCAUCACCACCACGAAGCGGCAACGAGCAAUUAGAUGCGAAAGGCAACACUCGCCAACAACAACAAGAAGAGCAACCCUAUACAUCGGCAGACGACGAUGUUGAAGAAACCGACCACGAAAGAAGAAGACAGAGUGUUAACGACGAUGAUAUAGAAACACAUCCACUUUCAGAUGUGCUCUCUGAUGCGCUUUCCUCGCGAGGUAGUCGGACGAGGAGACAUAGACGUGAUCGGAACAGGCAAAAUAGGAGGGCCCAGCGAAAAGAACUAUCAGAAGGAGAAGCGGCACCCACAGUGCCGGCACCAGUACAUACGGCACAGCCGGCACGCCCAAAUGAUUCAGCAAAAGCAGUAACGCAUCCUGCACCAUUGCGGCAUGUCAAUAACACUGCAGAUGACAUGGUGGAUACAGUCGGUGAUACCGCUGGUCAACUGCUCGAUACAGCGACUGACGUGGCAAAAGACGCAAAUAAUAAGGAUAAGGACGAAAACCCCUUGAAGCUACGUUUGGAUUUAAAUCUGGAUGCAGAGAUUGAACUCAAGGCCAAGCUACGGGGCGAUGUCACUCUCUCACUCUUGCGAUAAUCGUUAUGCUACUUAUAUAAAGAUUGUCUAUCUUGUACCCAACAUCAUCCUCUCUGUUCCUUCAACUAAACACAACACGGGAAAGAAGAAUACAUGUGAAUAAAAUAGUUCAAAGCAUAUGAAAUGGAUCGAGCAG